AUGCACUCGCUCAAUCAGCAAUGCAACGCGUUCGCUGCCGUCAACGCGAUCUUCUUCCAUUCCUGCAAUACACCUGACAAGGUCAUCAAGGCACUUGCACAUAUGGGCAUCUCAAUCUCACCGUCUUCUAUCAAUAAUGCCGUUCACUCACUGUCCCGAGAGAGUGCGAGAAAUGUUCGCCAGCUCGGGCAGUCCCUCCGCGCGAUGCUCGCAUACGACAACUGGCUCAUCAUCAAGCUCGAACAUGGUGUCCAGCCUGACGACCUACGCUGCUCACGUAGGCUAUGGGAGACCUCGUGGCUCAAUCCCAGUGUCCUCUACAGCCCAACCCCGCCACGAUAUUCGUACGAAAACCUCCUGACACUCCAUCCCGAUCCUCCACAUCCAUCGGGUUUGUCCCGUAGCGCCCGCUUCACAGCAUGGCUUUUUCUCGACGCACUCUUCCGACAUGGCCCAGAAUAUUUCCGACAAUUCAUUCCGUUGUUACCAACCCAGAAGCUGUCGAACUGA